AGAGGUUUCUCUAGAGCGAGAAGAAUCGCCGAGAGGUGAUAACCACAAUCCCUCRCUCCUUCAGUCCCAUCGAGUUUUGAUUGGCAUUUUUCUCUGCAAGUAUUGUAAACGUCACAUCCASUGUAAAUUAUCUGGGUAACAAGAGAUUUCAAAACUUUAGCGUUCGGAAAUCGGACUUGCUUUGAAGUUGGCCAUUGAUAACUUGUUGCUUAUUUGAGUUUAGUUGGAAAUUUGGUCACGACCCAUUUUGCUUCUUCGAACGAAAACAUCGCGCUCAAAAAAAACCAUGGAUCCAACAAUUAACGGAAAGGUCCUCAAUGGAAACUCGCAUUUCAUAAACUCACAGAAUAAAAUUCCUCCAAGUUCUCUGCCAUUAACUCAUAAAUCAGACAUGCCUUAUCAUCAGUAUCCCAUUGACAGAGUUGACUCGGUCGACAGAGCUUUUAAGAGGGAUACCUCUAAAAGAAUAUUUGUAAAUAGAAGUCUCAGCUUGGAUAAAAUAAAAUUCUUUGGUUUUGACAUGGACUAUACAUUAGCAGUCUACAUGUCUCCUGUUUAUGAAGCCAAAGCUUUUGAGCUUGUAAUUGAAAGACUGGUUUCAAUAGGAUAUCCUAAGGACCUGAUGGGAUUUAAAUACAAUCCAUUAUUUCCUGUCAGGGGUCUUUUCUUUGACUGUGAAUUAGGAAACCUCUUGAAAGUAAGUNNNUAUGGAAAUAUUCUAAGCUGCUACCAUGGUUUUGAAUUCUUACCAAGUAUUAAAAUAAGGGAGUUUUAUCCAAACAAGUUUGUCCAAGCUGACAGUCCAAGAUAUUUUAUUCUCAACACAUUAUUCAAUCUCCCAGAAACACACCUUUUAGCAGCGUUAGUUGAUUAUUUUGACAAUCACCUCGAUUACACAAGGACAGGCAAUGGAGUUGAAAGCAAAGAUCAUAUUCUCUUGACAUAUGAAAGYAUCCAUCAAGAUGUUAGAGCUGCAGUUGACUGGGUUCAUAUUAAGGGAACACUUAAAAAAGUUACAGUGGAAAACCUGGACACUUAUGUUAUUAAAGAUCCUCUUCUUCCAAAGCUUCUUGACAGAAUGCGACAUUGUAACAGAAAAUGCUUUAUCCUCACAAACAGUGGUUAUUCAUAUACAGAUAAAAUAAUGGAAUACCUUCUUGAUCAAAAUGAUCAGGCAAAUAAAAGGCACUGGACAUCCUACUUUGACUAYGUUGUAGUGGAUGCAAGGAAGCCUUUAUUUUUUGACAAAGGAACUGCUUUACGACAAGUUGAUGUGGAAACUGGAACCCUGAGCAUUGGACGAUAUGCYGGAGCACUAAAGCAAGGUCAUAUUUAUUCAGGAGGAUCAAGUGAUGUUUUUUGUCAACUUGUUGGAGCACAAGGAAAGGAUGUUUUGUACAUUGGAGAUCACAUAUUUGGUGAUAUUCUUAAAUCAAAAAAGCAACAGGGAUGGAGAACUUAUCUUGUCAUACCAGAACUUACACAGGAAUUAGAAGUAUGGCAAUCAAGACAAGAUGUGUUCAGCAAUUUGAGAGAUUUGGAUAUUGCCUUAGCGGAAACUUAUAAAAAUUUGGAUUCCAACACAACUGAGGGUCCAGAUAUYAGCCAAAUCAAGAAAUCAAUAAAGGAUGCCACACACGCAAUGGAGUCAUGUUACGGACAUAUGGGAAGCCUUCUGAGGAGUGGCUCAAGACAGACAUUUUUUGCCAGCCAAGUGAUGAGAUACGCAGAUUUGUAUGCAUCUUCCUGCGUCAACCUGCUACACUACCCYUUUAGCUAUCUUUUCAGAGCACCGGCUCAAUUGAUGCCRCAYGAGUCAACCGUUGAACACACCGGCGAGCUUUUUGAGCCCACGCCAAGCAGCGCCAUGGCGCCKAGAGGAUUCUCCUUCUCCGACGACACACCGAGCCCUGUCCGAAGCCGAGGRUCCAACACYUCGAUUGCAAGCAACAAUUCAGUGUUCAGCAAGGGCUACGAUCCUGUYCAAGUUAGUUAYUCUCURGGRAAUAGUUCYGACGAUGAAGAACUGGAYGAAAGCAAAGGGAAUUAAGAAAUUAWUGGAUUAUGUACUGGGAAGAAUACGCAUUUCACAAUUUCUGAGAAAUGAUGAAGAAUUUGGCGAUGUCRAAUAGACAAAUAAUAUUGRAUUCKAAUUCUAUGCGGAUGYGAGCRGGAAUUGCAUUUCCGACUCGCUUUCUUCACAGAAAUUUCACAUAARACCACAUAUCAGUGACGGCAAAUUGAUUUUAUUUYUUGGGAGGUUUUCAUGCUGAAGAAAACAAAAUAAUUAUUACAAUAAGAAAAAAAAGUAUUUUUAAAAUUUUAAAUGUAUAUUGAUAGAAUGACAUCGCUAUUAAUUCGUAACAUUACGUAUUUUAUCGUUAAUCUUUGCAUUUUCGCUACAAGUGGAUAUUUUAUUCGCUUUUUACGUACCAUUUAAGUAUAGACCUUGCAUUUUACGUAUAGACUAGCAAGCACAUGAUUUUUGAACACAGAAAUCGUUUUUAAUAGGUAAAUAUGUGUAUAUAUAGUUAUUGAUGAGCGCUGUGAGGUUUUCGCACGUAGAAAGACGUUACGUAAUGUAUGACGUUUCCGCACGUUUUCGUAACGAUACAUGAGAUACGUUUUUUAUACGUACGGAUACGUUUUUUUGCAGCUUCUCUUUUUAUCGUAAAAUCAUAUAAAAAAAUUUAUUCAUUUAUCCAUGAAAUCGUUAAAUUACUACAAUUUUAAUUAUUUAAAUGCAUACUUUGCUGUGAUUCUGUUAUUUUACCAUGCAUGUUCAUAUCUGCAUGCAUAUAAUGCUCAAGGGAAUCUAUGGCUAUGCAUGCAAAUACUACUUCAUAUUGCAACCUAAAAUACAUUUGCAUGAUGCUUUACGUGCAGAGUCAAGAUAAGGAGAUUUCCUUGGACAUAAACAAUAUUGCAUUUUGAUUAAGGGUUCACCAAUAAAAUGUAUCAAUUUCACGGGUUAAAUGCCCUCGCUAGAUCUAGAACUCCCUCGUCGUUUUCAUUGUGAAAUAUGACAGAGCGAGAAUAAUAGUUGGUAUCACGUCCAACUUUGUUCUUUACCAAUAAACACUGACUAGAUAGCUAUUUUCAAUACACCGUCAAAUGAAAACGACUAUUUCGUUUUCUAGCAAUAAGUCAUUUGUUUCACGGAUUAGAGAGAGAUUUUCCUAAACCCUUGAAAUACACUUUACGCACGUCAUAUUUCAUUACACUUUGACUAUGACACUUCGUUUCACGGGUUGAGAGAAAACCGCUUUAAYGUGAGCACCUUUAUAAUUCAAAAGUUUUAUUGUUCAUUUAAAUUAGGUAACUGGAAUUUGCCUAAGACUAAUAAUUGUAAACGAAAUUAUAUUUUAAAAAUAUUCAAGGUUCAUGACAUCUU